GCUGUUCUAGGAGCCAUGUGUGACCAGGACUGUGGGAAUGUCAUUUCCAUGCUGGAGGCUCUUGUGAGGAGAUGAGUUGGUGAAGAGAGAGGCCGGGAUGAAGAUGUUGCCAGGAGUGGGCGUGUUUGGGACUGGCAGCUCUGCCCGGGUUCUGGUCCCACUACUGAGGGCAGAAGGGUUCACGAUAGAGGCCCUGUGGGGGAAGACUGAGGAGGAGGCAAAACAGCUUGCUGAGGAGAUGAACAUCACCUUCUAUACCAGCCAGACGGAUGACGUCUUGCUGCAUCAAGACGUGGAUCUGGUGUGCAUCAAUAUCCCCCCUCCACUCACCCGGCAGAUAUCUGUGAAGGCUCUAGGUAUUGGAAAAAAUGUAGUUUGCGAGAAGGCAGCAACAUCAGUGGAUGCCUUCCGGAUGGUGACAGCCUCGCGCUACUACCCACAGUUGAUGAGCCUCGUGGGGAACGUGCUACGCUUCCUGCCAGCCUUUGUGCGCAUGAAGCAGCUGAUCGCGGAGCACUACGUGGGAGCUGUGAUGAUCUGUGACGCCCGCAUCUACUCAGGCAGCCUGCUAAGCCCCAGCUAUGGCUGGAUCUGUGACGAGCUCAUGGGUGGUGGAGGCCUGCACACCAUGGGCACCUACAUCGUGGACCUGCUAACCCACUUGACUGGCCGGAGAGCUGAGAAGGUACAUGGGUUGCUCAAGACCUUCGUGAGGCAGAACACGGCCAUCCGUGGCAUCCGACACGUCACCAGUGAUGACUUCUGUUUCUUCCAGAUGCUCAUGGGUGGGGGGGUGUGUAGCACAGUGACACUCAACUUCAACAUGCCAGGCGCCUUUGUGCAUGAGGUCAUGGUGGUGGGUUCUGCAGGACGGCUUGUCGCCCGGGGAGCAGACCUUUAUGGACAGAAGAACUCUGCCACACAGGAAGAGCUGAUACUGAGGGAUUCGCUGGCCGUGGGUGCAGGGCUGCCCGAGCAGGGGCCCCAGGACGUCCCACUGCUCUACUUGAAGGGCAUGGUCUACAUGGUGCAGGCCUUGCGCCAGUCCUUCCAGGGGCAGGGGGACCGCCGCACCUGGGACCGCACCCCUGUCUCCAUGGCUGCCUCAUUUGAGGAUGGGCUGUACAUGCAGAGUGUGGUGGAUGCUAUCAAGAGGUCAAGCCGAUCAGGGGAGUGGGAGACUGUAGAGGUGCUGACAGAGGAGCCGGACACCAACCAGAACCUGUGUGAGGCGCUUCAGAGGAAUAACCUCUGACCUUGCACCUGGGCUCCUUGCCACAGGGCAAAGGGACCAGGGAGGGCACCAAGAGCUAUGACCUGAUCGAGGGCUUGGUCGUAGCAGAAACAGUGUCUUUCAUUUAAUGAGUCAGCCAGAGUCAAGUAAAGCUGAAGGUGCUCUGGGAGACCACCCCUUCUAGCAGCUCAUUUACUCCCCAGACUUACAGGGCAGUGAGUUGUUCCUAUCACCACGGCUUAGGGAGCUAGCACAGUUACGCUAGUGAGCAAAGCCAUCAGAAGCUCAAUUUGUGGGCUCUGAGGCCUGAGGCGAAAUGAUAAGAAGCCUUGUUUCCAUGCCCUUCCUGAGGUGAGUCAUCUCAGGAACGAUGAGGGCACCAAAUCAUCCUUCAGGGAUCCUCGCCUGCCCUCCAUGUGACCGGGCCCUCCAGCCUCUAGGCUGACCCUUCCCUGAUGGGGAGGAGAAGGGUUUUCUUUAUUAAGCGAGCUUAUGGGGGCUUUUGACCUAGGCAAGAAGGCCCCUGAUUUGGCAGAGAGGAGGCAAGAAAGAGG